AUGGCUCCAGUUAGGUCGGACCGUCGAAACAGACGCGAAUCAGUGUCACCGUUGGCUGCAGUCAGGACGAGCAGGGCAGAGGAGACACGAAUUGGCCUUGCGACGCUCAGAGCUUUGUUGGCAGAUGCUCUCGCCGUCGACACAGACACCAACGGGCCACGCUCGCACGACGAUCCCCUGGCAGCAAAGGUGACAGCGAUCCGGGCCAUAGACGUCGGCAGCGGCAUGAUGAGCCUGAAGACUCCAGCGAUGAAACUUGCUUCUUCGCUGGCACUGUUGGCGAACCAAGCGAUCGAUUUCCCCAAGGUUGCAGGGCCGGGAACCUACAACGGCAAACCGCACGAGCCGAUGCCCCAGCACAUGCGGGAAAGGCUUAAGAGAGGCGAGGACAGAGGGGCACAGGAGGAAUACAACGGCCCUGCAUCCCAGCACAUCCACCUCCAAAGAACCGUACCCGCAGCCUCUGGGGUUCGGUCUUGA